AUCAUCCAUCCGCGCCACCCGGAAGCCGCGGCUCAUACUAACAGUUAUUGCCGGUGGCCCUACGGUAAACGCCGUACUCCUGUACCGGUGCCCGUCAUGGCGACGCCCCCGAAACGGCGGGCCUUGGAUACGGUGGGGGAGAAAGUGCUGCGGUACGAGACCUUUAUCAGUGACGUACUGCAGCGAGACUUGCAAAAGGUGCUGGAUCAUCGAGACAAGGUAUAUGAGCAGCUGUCCGUAUAUCUUCAACUAAGAAAUGUCAUUGAGCGACUCCAGGAAACUAAUCACUCGGAGUUAUAUAUGCAGGUGGAUUUGGGCUGUAACUUCUUCGUUGACACAGUGGUCCCAGAUACUUCACGCAUCUAUGUGGCCCUGGGAUAUGGUUUUUUCCUGGAACUGACACUGGCUGAAGCACUCAAGUUCAUUGACCGAAAGAGUUCUCUCCUCACAGAGUGAGUGCAUUCCAAGAGGAUAGUAUCUAAAGCCACUACAUUGGCUAAGGGUACAGGGAAGUGGUAAGAACAUUUGCUUAGCAUGUGUGAAGCCCUAGGUUCUAUCCAUAUCACACAUCACACAAACACAUACACAAAAUAUAUAAAAGCCAGAUAUGGUAGUUCACACCUGUAAUCCCAGGAUUCUAGAGAAUCAAGCAGGAGGAUCAUGAAUUUGAAGCAACUCUGGGUGAUAAAACAAAUCUCUGUGUAUAAAACAAACAGAAAAAAUAAUAAAUAGACAUCACAAAUUUUAA